UGAACGUAACUUUUUAUAGGAGUUAAAAUAAAAUUUCAAAGGAGGAUUAAUUAUUUUUGUAUGUUGCGUUAUUUUGUUGCAAUGUUAGACAUGAUUGCACCAGAUCAAAUCAACGGCACGCAGCUUGAGGAUAGCGGUACACUUAUUGCCUUAAAAAACAGACAAAAGGAUCAAUUUGUAAGAUUAGAAUGGGAUGUUGGUCGAAAAAAUGUCAGGGAUGUUCUGUUUAAUGAGGGAUCUGUGGUUGAUGCCGCUAUUGCUACGCUUCUUUGCAUGGGAGUUGUAAAUCCCCAAAGCAUGGGAUUAGGUGGUGGCUUCUUCAUGCUCCAUUAUAAUAAGGAAAAAGACAGGACCACUUAUAUAGAUGCUCGAGAAGUCGCUCCUCUUGCAGCAAGUGAAAACAUGUUUCAUGGCAACGCAUCUCUGGCCAAACUCGAUGGUCUAGCCAUAGCUGUGCCAGGAGAGUUAUCAGGGUACGCUACGAUGCACCAGGAAUUUGGAAAACUUCCAUGGAAAGAUCUCUUCCUUCCAACAAUCAAAAUGUGUGAAGAAGGAAUUACUGUCAAUCGCCAUCUAGCAAGAGCACUAAAAAAAUACAGGGAUGGGAUAUUAUCUCGAGAGCACAUCAGAAAAGUGUUUACAAAUCCUGACACAGAAGAUGUGUAUAAGGAAGGUGAUGUUUACAAAAGAUUAGAUUUAGCUGAGAGUCUAAAAAUUAUGUCUGAAGACAAAUAUUCUGCACUGUACGGAAUGAGUGAUAUCACAACUCGAUUUUUAAAAGAUUUGAAAGAAGCAGGAAGCAUCAUUACAUUAGAUGACAUGGAAUCUUACACACCAGCAAUCAGAGAACCAAGCAAAGUGAAAAUACGAGGGAACAUGACUGUGUACAGUGCGUCACUUCCCGGAAGUGGACCCCUUCUAACAUUUAUACUUAAUGUUUUGGAUGGAUACGAUUUAAAACCCAGUAUAACAAAAAGCAGGGAGGAAACAGUUUUAGCACUACAUCGUAUCAUUGAAACCUUCAAGUUUGCUUAUGCCAACAGAAUGCACCUAGAAGACAGUUAUUCGAAAGAGAUACUAGAAUUAGUUGACCUGUUAGAAAGCAAAGAUUAUGCUGAUCAAACUCGCCGAAAGAUCGAUGAUAAGAAAACACAUGACCCCGACUACUACGGAAUAAAUGUCAGUGUUCAAGAAGAUCACGGCACAGCCCAUAUGUCCAUAAUUGGAACAAACGGAGAUGCAGUAUCAGUAACGUCUACUAUAAACCAUUAUUUUGGGAGCCAAGUAAUGAGUCCUUCUACUGGAAUACUUCUAAACAAUGAAAUGGAUGAUUUUUCGUCGCCAAAUAUCACCAAUUUCUUUGGAGUUCCGCCAACGGGGAAAAAUCAGAUCCGACCAGGCCGUAGACCAUUUUCAUCAAUGGUACCAGCAAUCGUUGUGGAUGGAAACCGAAACGUCAGGCUUGUUGUAGGUGGCAAUGGUGGGACUCAAAUAACCACAAGCGUUGCUCAAGUAAUAAUCAGAAAUUUAUGGCUUGAUGAAAACAUAAAGCAAGCUAUAGAUGCCCCACGAUUCCACCACCAACUUUUACCUAACCUUAUAGAACAUGAAGUCAACUUUCCAGAGGAUAUUUUGUCGGAUUUGAAGAACAAAGGUCACGUAUUAAAAAAGCUUGGUGACAAUAUGCUUGGCAUUAUCAUGGCUGUUGCAACUGACGAGAAUGGCCGAAUAUCAGCCAAUUCAGAUUACAGAAAAGGAGGUGAAGUGGAUGGAUUUUGAAUCACAUUGCAAUUUUUUAGUUUUUGUACAAAGUACUUGUAGUAUUUAUUUACUUUCAUUAAAAUCAUUACGCCAUGAAAGAAAAAAACAACAACUUUAUUCCUCUGUAGCAGUAUUUUUAUUAUAUAAAUGUCAAUAAAGUGUGUAAUAUAAUGCUA